AUGGAACAACGCAAAGAAGUACGACGGCGGUACACCAACGGACAACGAAAAGCUUUACUAGCCAUGUUCCAAGUAGCAAGUCCGGCCAGCGAGCGCCAGUUUUGCCGCGAUAAUCAACUGCCAUUCUCAACGUGGCAAGCGUGGCGCUCAAGGGAGGCCAAAAUCAUGGCGAGCAAACGGCACAACCGACUCGCUACCACAGGGGGCCAAGGACACAAGGAGCUCAUUCCCUUUGGUAGGGAAUUGUUGGACUUCAUGCGGGGUCGUCGAGAGGAAGAGCGCUACGUUCGGGUGUAUCACAUGAUGAACUGGGUCAAGUGA